AUGAUGACGUCACCUUUCAGGAACCCGUUUGUCUACUGCAGCUCCCCAAAUGCUCCCAGCCCAGACGAAAUGGGUCUCAAACCAAAGUUUUCCAUCUGCACCACCAACCUGUGUCUGCUGCCGGACGCAUGCGCUAGGUUCAAUAACCUGAGUGACGGCUACUGGCGGGCGGGGGAGAUCGCCUCCCGGAUCGUCGCCUCCCAGCGGCGCGGGACCCCCACCUCUUUGAAUUCCUCCGCCCACAACCCCUCCAAGCGUCGGGGUAACCUCAACCCUCCCUCCGCCCAGAACGGCCGGCCAAAUGGCGGCAUCCACGGGGAGACUUCCUACAACCUGCGGUCCCGGAAGGGCGGCUGGCCCGCCCAUCAGCCGCCCCAGUACAUGCUACCGCCAGACGGGCCCCUUCCCGCUGGGAGGGGACAAUUCGCACACACGGUAGACAGACCCGUUCCCGCCGGGAGAGAGCGGUUCGCACACACGGUGGAGUCCCAGUUCCCGGAGCACCUGGACUUCCUCUGCUGCCAGGAGGUGUUCGACCAGGACGCGACACGAAGGCUGGUUGCAGGGCUACGGCAGCACUUCGGUCACGUCAUUUACGAUCCAGGCCGGUGGAGCUGGAGCACGAAUCUGUGGGCCUUCCACAGCGGACUGCUAUUCGCCAGCCGCUACCCGGUUCUCUCCGCCGAGUACCGGCCCUUCUCCUCCGCCCGCAAACAGGACAGGUGGGCAGCCAAGGGCGCGCUCAUGGUCAAGGUGUUCCUUGGAAGGACCCAGGACGGCCAGGAUGCAGUGGGGUACAUCACCACCACUCAUAUGCAGUCCUACCAAGGGCCGUUUGAGAUCCUUCCUCGCCAGCUGGAUGAGCUGAUGACGUGGACGGAGAACUUCCGGCGCAGGACGCUGGGCGAUGACGUCAUCCAGGUGUUCGACAUCCUGUGCGGAGACUUCAACUUCGACAACAUGUCACCAGGUGAGAAAACCGCUCGGGAACACCCGCUGAUGGGGAAGUACGUGGACGUUUGUAAGGAAGCACCAGGCAGGGACAAGCCGUGGACGAUAGGUACGGAGUUGCGGCAGUGCACGUUUUGGGAGAGCUCCAUCUCCACUGCGGAGAAACUCAGGGCAUCGCUCCGGAGCAGGCGGGCGCAGGCGCGGUACCUUCUGGACUGUGACGUCACGGACGCCAACAUGGACAUGGUGUGGAGCGUGCCGGAAGUGCCGGGGGAGGAGGCGGAGGUUCCCGCCAUGGCAGGGCGGCGCCGGAUCGAUUACGUCAUGUACCGGAGUGACGAGGGACGGGGGGACGUGGUGAGGGACACUUUAAUAAUACUGUUUGAAUUAGAAAAUAACUUGAGAUACACGUCUCUAAAAUAUGUAUGGUGUAAGGAAAAUGCUAAGAGGUUAUGA